AUGGAAGCUGCGGUGGUCGGAGUUGCCGGUGGCGAGGUUUCGCUGCGGUGGCUCGCCGAAGUUAAGAACACGGACCGCGCCAAGCCGCGCUACCACCCCGACAACCUGGCGGCGUGGAACAACUUCUUCCUUCGCCGGUGGGAGCAGGAGCUCGCCGCCUACGACGUCCCACCGCCUCCGCCUCCGCGCAACAACGUCGCCGGACGCAAGCGGUGGUGGAGCGUGCCUGGCCGGACGCUCGAGGCCGUCCUCGAGCACAUCGAGGGCGGCAACUUCCCCAUUCCGACAAUGCCCCCACUGUCGAGGGUAUCGCCGGCCCGCCGCAGGAAGCCGGGCAGCCCACGGCGCAUGGCUGCCAGUUCCUCAUCGUCCGGUUCGGCGGCGAGGUCGAUCUCCAGGUCGGCGCCAUCCUCCUGGGCGCCGGUGAAAAAUGAGCCAUCUUCCCCGCCGAGCAACCGCGCGCGCGGUGGCGGGAUCGUCAUCCGCGAGCCAUCGACGGCACAAGGACGGCGACGUCCCAAGGGCGAACCCGACACCUCCAGCGAGCGGAAGCGCAAGCCAGCGAAGGUUAAGGUGGAGGAGGCCGAAAGCGUCGAGUACGCCGCCAUCCUCGAGGCCAUCAUGGCAAGGUCCCUCCAGGACCUCGUCCCCGCCGAGAACUCCAUGCCACUCGACCAGGGCACAGUCACACGCUCGUCUUCCGUCGCUGCCCGCCCGCCCGCCCGCGCCUUCAGAUCCUUAUCUCCUUCCCGCUCUCUGCUCUGGGGGCAUUUGCUGCCUGCGUGGAUGGGGUCUGGGAAACAGCAGCGGGUGGAGCUGGAUUCCGCAGACACCCGGACGUGA